AUGGUGGUCGAGGUUGGUUCUCUGAACCGCAGCAGUUUGGAGCCGUUCAAAACGUGGCGACUUCAAGGAUCAGCUGGCGAAAAUGUCCGAGUCAUCGACGUCGAAACAGACCUAUUACCGUCACUGGCACCGAGACAGUGUUCUGAGCAUGCAGACCAUUGCGCAUCAACCGCAACUUGCAGGCAUAUUCCGUUACCUUCUUCGAGCUGUCGCCACUUGGCGCCUCAUCCAAGUGUACCUACACCUGCCACCGUAGGAGAAGCCGACGCAAGCCCGACAUUCCGUCAGCCUUUGCCCAAACUGGCCGAACAAUAUUUUGCCUUCUCGACGGAUCACGACCAGUCGAGCUUCGUUUUUCAACGGUCAUCGCCACUGCCGAGAAUCGAGAAACGCCAAAGGGCCGAAUCUGACGUCGACGGACCGUACACGGCUGCUCUGAGCUGCAAGAAGCGUCGCUUGAGGCUUCAGCUCAUAACCAGUCGGCUCUCCCAGCCGUUCUCCCUGCCGGCGACGCACAUCAUCAACCGCGAGGCCAUUGCCUCGGGCGACAAGCGUUUCGUCAAGUUGGCGGCUGUGGCCAACUCGCCAGAUGCCGACAGACAGGGCCUGAUCCGGGAGACCUCGAUCAUGUUAAGAGCUGCGGUGCUCAACAGAGUCAGGUUGCGUGUAAGGAACGAGGCGAUGCUGCGUGGGGAUCUUGUCGUCGCCGUAACUGCUGCAAAUGCCGCCGUCCUUCACCACGGCCAACAACUGGCCACGGGGGCCAGGUUUGUCGCACAGUCCUCUGCGCUUGCAGAACAGCAGCAACAAACGCCUCCGGCAAGGGUGGUUCUGAUCCGGUCGGGGAUAUCGUCACCAAACUCGAUAAAAUCUCCCCCGGGAUCUCCAAAAACACCACAGUCUUCCCGAAUGCUGCCGAAAUCCCCGCGGCUGCAGCCUGCCCGCUCACCAGUCUUGGCUCCAUCCGGAACGAUGCUCGAAGAAAUGGAGGAUGACGGAAUUCUCUCAUUCCCCACAGCAGAACACGAUUGUUCUUAUGCCUGGGCCGAUGACGACGAUCUGGAGGAUGUGUACUCAGAUUUUGGCGCCAUAUUUGGCGGGCCAGUUCAAAACGGGGAAACUGAGGAAGAUGGCCACUCCUAUGAGGAAUAUCUCGACGAACUAGAUGGCAUAUCGUGGGUCGGUGGCAGGUAG